CGGCGGCCGGGCCCGGGGCGGCGCUGUCCCCGCGGCCGUGCGACAGCGACCCGGCCACUCCCGGAGCGCAGUCCCCGAAGGAAGAUAAUGAAGAUAAUUCCAAUGAUGGGACCCAACCAUCCAAAAGGAGGCGAAUGGGCUCGGGAGACAGCUCCAGAAGCUGCGAGACUUCGAGCCAGGACCUUGGUUUCAGUUACUAUCCAGCUGAAAAUCUGAUAGAGUACAAAUGGCCGCCUGACGAAACCGGAGAAUAUUAUAUGCUUCAGGAGCAAGUCAGCGAGUACCUGGGUGUGACCUCCUUCAAGCGGAAAUAUCCAGAUUUAGAGAGACGAGAUUUGUCUCACAAGGAGAAGCUGUACCUGAGGGAGCUGAAUGUCAUCACAGAGACUCAGUGCACUUUAGGUUUGACAGCAUUGCGCAGUGAUGAAGUGAUUGACUUAAUGAUAAAAGAGUAUCCAGCCAAACAUGCUGAGUACUCUGUCAUUCUACAGGAGAAGGAACGUCAGCGAAUUACAGAUCAUUACAAAGAGUAUUCUCAAAUGCAACAACAGAACACUCAGAAAGUUGAAGCCAGCAAAGUGCCUGAGUACAUUAAGAAGGCUGCUAAAAAAGCAGCUGAGUUUAACAGCAACCUGAACCGGGAACGCAUGGAAGAAAGAAGAGCUUACUUUGACCUGCAGACCCACGUCAUCCAGGUUCCACAAGGGAAGUACAGAGUGUUGCCAACAGAGCGGACAAAGGUCAGUUCUUACCCCGUGGCGCUCAUCCCCGGACAGUUCCAGGAGUAUUACAAGAGGUACUCACCAGACGAGCUUCGGUAUUUGCCACUGAACACAGCGCUGUACGAGCCCCCCCUGGACCCCGAGCUCCCUGCCCUGGAUAGUGAUGGCGACUCGGAUGAUGGUGAAGAUGGUCGAGGUGAUGAGAAACGGAAAAAUAAAGGCACCUCGGACAGCUCCUCGGGCAACGUGUCUGAAGGGGAGAGUCCCCCUGACAGCCAGGAGGACGCCUUCCAGGGAAGACAGAAGUCAAGGGACAAGGCUGCCACUCCGAGAAAAGACGGCUCCAAGCGUUCUGUUCUGUCCAAGUCAGUUCCUGGGUACAAGCCAAAGGUCAUUCCAAAUGCUCUAUGUGGGAUUUGUCUGAAGGGUAAGGAGUCCAACAAGAAAGGAAAGGCUGAGUCACUUAUACACUGCUCCCAGUGUGAUAACAGUGGCCAUCCUUCUUGCCUGGACAUGACCAUGGAGCUUGUUUCUAUCAUUAAGACCUACCCAUGGCAGUGUAUGGAGUGUAAGACAUGCAUUGUAUGUGGACAGCCCCACCACGAAGAAGAAAUGAUGUUCUGUGAUGUGUGUGACAGAGGUUAUCAUACUUUUUGUGUGGGCCUUGGUGCUAUUCCAUCAGGUCGCUGGAUUUGUGACUGUUGUCAGCGAGCCCCCCCAACACCCAGGAAAGUGGGCAGAAGGGGGAAAAACAGCAAAGAGGGAUAAAAUCCUUUUUGGGGGCUCUAAUGCAUAUGCACUGAAGUGGAAUAUUUGGUGCUGAUUUAUUUAAAACAGCCUCAUUUUUAUGCCAAUAAAGGAUUUUUGAAAUUAACUCUGA